AUGGCGCGUUUUGUGGAUUUGGACGACGACGACGACGCCGGUCCCAUCGUUGUUGGCCCUGGCCCUGGCCAUGAAGCUCAACAGGCGCAUUCUUAUGCUGGCCAAACGCCGGCCCCCAUGCCGAUGCCGGGCCAGCUACAUCAUAACCACUUUCAUGACAACGACCCCCAGCAACUCCAGCUACGCCAGCAACAGCAGGAACACCAGCAUCAGUUGCUGCUCAAGAAGCUUCAGCUACUUUCUGCCAACGGACGGAAUGGACAUUGGCCCGACGGCUACUACACACCAGAACCAAAAGCCACCAUGGACACUGCAACUUUCCGCAGCUCCGCCACCGACGCCCUGGGGUGCUAUCCCAUCGUCAUUGCAAUCGCUUCCUCAAUCGAUCUCAAUACACUCGACUCCCUCUCUCGCACCUGCCGCCUCGUCCACCAUGGCCUUCUCCAAUAUCGCAGCAUCCUCCUGUCUUCCACCCUGCGCUGUUGCAAUGAGACCGUUGCGGUCGAUCCUGCCGAGACAUUUCGGUACCGCGCUCGAGCCGGCAACUGGUUCUAUAUGGAAGAUGGGCGCAACUAUAGCGGCAAGUCUGGCGACUGCGCGCGCGACAUGGUCGGCGAGUGUCGUCGUUGCAGCCAAGUGAUUUGUAGGAACUGUGCAAUUAAGCCCCCAGCACCAAUAGCGUUGCGCGAGAGACACAGGAGACUAUGUAAGGGCUGUGUACAUGCCCCCAUCGCUACCUUGGCCAAGCCUCCCCUCGACGCGGCCCUGCCAUUGACUUCAGAAGCCGUCCAGCGAGCUGUCUGCAAGUGCGAGGACGAGGGAGUAUGGCUAUGCCAGCCCUGCGGGCGAAGUAUUCGUGGCGCCGAUCAUGAAUACCAACGCAUCUGGCGCUGGCGCAACCAGUAUGGCGAGAUCCUCGGGGGCCUCGGCACCGGCAUUGGUGAUGGUGACCGCGGUGUCAUCUGCGGCCGCGAAGCUGAUUGCUGCCGCGCCAAGGAGCGUGAGCAGCAGCUAGAUUGCGACGCCGAGGACGCCCGAGACGGCAAUGUGAUUGCAACGCCGAUACCAGCGACAAUGGCCCCUGUCGACGCCCUGAUCGACUCGCUGCGCCUGUCCCACGAGCGCACGCCGUCUCCACAGCUGGGGCCAGGCUACAACCGCCACGAGAUCGAGGGCAUCGGCGGCAUCGUGAAGCGCAAGCGUGUGCGCAUGGUGCGUGUCGGCGCGUGUGUCCCGGAAUGGGACGACGAGCGUGGCAUCGGUGCCCGAAUCCUUGGCCGCGAGGUCCGAGGUGCUCGACGGAGUUGGUGUGGUUGGUGUUGGCGUGUUGUUCCUGGAGACAAGGACCUCGGAAAUGCUCCUGAGUCGUCCUCGUCAUCUUCUGCAGGAGGCAGUAGUCGAAGGACUUCAACGUCGAACUCGGUGUCAGGCUGA